UUACCCUCCGCCCUAUGGGAGAAAGUCGGAAAGUUUCGGGAGCGCUGCUAAGUCUUCUGGGACUCGCUUCGGGAGUUCCGCGCCGCAACCAGGCAACUCACCUGGGGGAAGCCGCAGCCUCCGCAGUCUUCUUACGAGGCAGCAUCAGAGGAGGGUUGCGUGGAGUCCUCCCCAGCCCGCUCGGUGACUCUCCUUUGUCGGCCAGCAACUUUUGCCAGUCCGCUCGGUUAGUAAACCUCGGAAGGUCGGGAGCCACGUCGGGGCUCGUUGAGAGGGCGCCAAGGAAUCGGCAGCUUCCCUGAAACAUGGCCACCGGGGGCUAUCGGGGCAGCGGCGCCGCUACGACCGAUUUCUUGGAAGAGUGGAAAGCUAAGCGGGAGAAGAUGCGGGCCAAGCAAGCACCGCCGGCCGGGGGGAGUGAUGGCAAGACUGCCCCCAAUACUGCCACCAGCGGCGGUGGCUGCAGCACCGCGACCGCCGCCGAACUUAAUAACAACAAUGGCAGCAGCGGCAUGAAUUGCAUCCCUCUGGCCAGAAACACUCCGAAGGAGCCCCAGCCGACAGCCGGAACCAGAGCAGGAACCGCGGAGCCCCCGGGGAACAGAACCAGCGCGGCGCCAACUUCCCCCGAGGAGGAGAAAGUGGCUCCCAAGGGCAAAGGCUCCUCCGGCCCCAGCGCCCGGAAAGGAAAGGGGCAGAUCGAGAAAAGGAAAAUGAGGGAGAAAAGACGCUCGACAGGUGUCGUGAACAUCCCGGCCACCGAGAGCUUGGAUGAAUAUGAUGAUGAUGAAGCAGGACAAAAAGAACGUAAAAGAGAAGAUGCAAUCACACAACAAAAUACAAUACAAAAUGAAUCCACUGUUUCGGAUCCAAAUGCUUCAUAUAUAUUGCAGGACGCUUCUAGGACAAUUGGAAACAGAUACAAAAGUACACCACCAGAUGAUGAAGUUUCUAAUAGAUGUUCACGUACAGACAGGACAGGUUAUAGCAGGUUCAACAGGGAUGCAAACUCUUCUGGAAACUUUGUAUCAACUAAUUCUUUGGAAAAGAAGAUUGAUGAUCUUGAAAAGGAUCUAGCAAAGGAGCGACAAGAAAACCUGAGACUUGUGAGGAUAGCCCAAGACAAAGAAGAGUUGAUUGGGAAAUUAAAGGAGGAAAUUGAUUUAUUAAAUAGGGAUCUAGAUGAUAUAGAAGAUGAAAAUGAGCAAUUAAAGCAGGAAAAUAAGACACUGUUAAAAGUUGUUGGACAGCUGACAAAGUAGAAGAUGGAAGCUGCCAAAAUAGAAGAUGGAAGCCUCAGUGAGGAAGGAAAUACGAAACUACUGAUUUGAAUGUUUAAGGGUCAAGAUUAAGAUACUUCCUUUGUGGCAAUAUGUGAAAACAACUGUCUUUGUAUUUAUUAUUAAGGAGCAGGGAGAAAUGAUGAAUGUUUUACAUGAUGCUGUUACUUCUAAGCUCAUUCCUUUGAAUUUCCCAAAGUGAUUCAAAUUAUGCUCAUUGAGAUGCAUUAGAUCUUUCUUUGUAUAUGACCCAGUUAUGCUUUUUAAAGAAUUCCUGAUGACAAAGGUCACAGUUAGUCUAUAUGGAAAUUACUUGUAGGAGAGGGUUUUUCCCCUGCUCUAUGAAUAGAAGAAAUAGGAAUAAAAUUUGUUUACACAGGGUCAAAAUAACUAUUUUGGGAGAUAUUUGUUCUUUAUAUGAACAGGUGUAAAACAAGUGCAAGUGCAUUACUGAUACAAAACAUUUUACAGAGUGUUACUCUGCAAAAAAUCUUGUAUGUUGUGAUUUUAUUUUAUACUUUAUCUGAAGUACUGACAGUAGUAGAUAGUAUUUCUUGUACAGAUGCUGUUUGAUAAAAAUGUUUUAUAAAUCAUAAAUAAAUCACCAAUAAUUAUCACAACUAAUAAGUAGUUUUUAGAAAAAAAUUGUAUGCUGCAUACUACCACACAGAGCUUAUGUUUCCACAGGAAGAAUAAUUCAGAGGGUGCCAUUUUUUGAAAUUUAUAAACUUCAAAUAUUACAAUCACAGUUUAUUGGAUUAAGAAAAGUCUUUCUGAUUUUGUAUAAAGUUGCAGUGGGAAUCAUUGCUUAGCAAUGGUUUAACAAAUCAUAUAAUCUUUGCAUUGGUUGGGAAAUAUUAGUGUUCUCGGCCAAAUAACUAUAGACCAAAACUGUUUAUCUAAACCAUGCCUAUAUGAACGGACUUCAUCCAACAUGUAUCAGGUUAGCAUCAAAAUGAGUAAUGGAUUCAUUUCGCAACAUUAUGAUCUACCAAGCUCUUAUAUGAAUCAUGGGGUUUUUGAAUUGUGCUAAAAGAUUUAAUUGAUAUAGUUUACAAAAGAAAUUUAUGAUUGUUCACCCCUCUAAAAGUAUAGAAAACAUCUAGAAUAACACCAAUGCUUGUUAAAAUAAAGUAUGUUGCAUGUUCUAUUGUAGUCUAGUGUCAGUUGCUUGUGUCAAUGUUGUGCAACAAUUGUCUGUUCUGUAUGAGCUAGAAAAAUCCAAAGUUGCAUUUUAAGGAUAUUUUUUUUAGUAUGGAAACUUAAAUAUAGCAUUUAAGCUUUCAAAAUACCUCCACUGGUUUAUCAGGAAAAUAGGAAAUAAGAAAAAAAGCAGGAAAGAAAAGUGGAAAAAGAAUCAACUUCCCUGAUGAGCUCGGAAAAACUCAAGACCAACAGACUCUCUCUGAUUUUUCAGAUAGUCUUACUCUGGGACCCUGGAUGUUUUUCUUUUGAAUAACACAGCUACCUUUCUUUUUGCUUGAAAAAAUUGUGUUUUUAAUGGCCUAGCCUUUUUUGUCUUGAAAUCAGCUAUAUAGCCUUGAAAAAUAUCUUGUCAACCAGAUCUGAAAAGUAGGACUAGAAUGCUUAGGCAUCCUUAGUUGCUCUCUAAUACGAAUGUUUGUUUAUGUAGCAAAAGUGUAUUAAUGUUGCAAAGACAAUCUCCACUGAAUGUAAUCAAUGUAAUCAAUUUUCCCCCCAUGACACACUAUUUGAGAAUAUGCGCUAAUUUUCCAUACCUUUUUUUCCUUUAAUGAUUGCAGUUGCAGAUGCAGCAUACCAGAAUUUCUCUAUUGGUAGAUCACAAUGCUAAGCAACUAUGUAAUUACUCAAAAUAGAUUACUUUUUGUAUUUUAAAAGGCUAUGGAGGUGACUUACGAUCAUGAUUGGGACUCAAAUCUUACCUGUGACUGCUUUGUCAAUGAUGCAAUCCCCGUACCUGCCAAUCUCGGUUGCAAUCAUUAAGUGAUCUCAUUGGUUAUUAAGCAGAUGGAACAAAAUCUUGCAGACAGAAACCCUUUUUUGCUCUCAAUUGUUCCUUCAUGCUGCUGAAAGAUUUCAGCUCUCCUCCAAGCAUGGAGAGGAACAAAGCUGAAAUCUUCAAAAUUUCAGUUCUGUUUUUGCAGCCUGCUGAAGGAUUUACCCUCCCCUCCAAUUCUAGCCAUAUUAAGAUAUUAUGUCUUUUCUUUCAUAAACUUUAAUGAUUAAAUGAAGUUAACAAAGUUAUCAAAUACACUUCUAAUUUUUCAUACACAAUUUUCCCAGUUUGAAUAAACAGAAAGACUACUACAUGAAUGGUUCUCUUGUCACCAUUUGUUCAGCAACCAUUCUGAAUUACCCAGGGCUGAAUGAAUGGUACUUAUUCAUAAUUCUGGUUGUCACAGAAUCCCCUCGCUCACAUGACUGCAUUCCAGGCACAUUUCACCUGGCUUGCAAUUAUAGCAUCACAGUGAACCGCACAGUCACAUGAUUGCAAUUUCCAAUGGCAAGCUUCCCACAAGCAAAAUCAACAUAGAAACUGACAGGAAGACAGAAGUUCCAAUAGUGCAAAGUCCUUGCUUAAAGACCAGAAUGGUCCUUGAUUAGCAACAGCAAAUGGGACUGCUAAAAUUGGCAUCAUUAAGCAAUAUAGUCACAUGAUAUCACACUAUGCAGCUGCAUUGUUAAUGAUAAUUCUGAUCCUAAUUGCCAUUGUAGUCUGAGAACUACCUGUAGCCCAAAUUAAGAUACUCAUCAGGAAAAUAACUAAUAAAGGGUUAGGGUAAAACAAAGGAUGAGACUACGUUCAAAUCCCAGUGUAAAAAUUGCUUUAAAUGUAUUUUGAGAUGUUGGUAGAAAGAAUUGUAAGGAUAUAUGUUCCCAAAUAAAAUUGUAUAUAUUGUUC